UCUUGUCUCUUGAUGGUGGCCAAUGUCUGCUGUUUAAGAGAGAGGCAGGCUGAGUUUGCAGCGAGCAAUUAUGGAAUAACAUGCACAGGGAAAGCUUCACACCCCCCAACCCUCAAUAGCUAGUGGAAGAUUAAAUCCCUUCAAAAACUCCUGGGUCAGGAUCCUAAGACACCUGCUAGGCAAGAGCCAGAAUCAAGAUGACGACAGCUGCCCCAGCAGUCAGUGGUGAUCCCCAGUUUCCAGGAAAUGUGACCACAAAGUCUCGAGACCAAGUUCUUUAUCAGAGUUCUGGAGCAAUAGUAGCUGCCAUCGUAGUUGGAGUGAUUAUUAUUUUUACAGCGGUUCUGCUCCUAUUGAAAACAUAUAACAGGCGCAUGAGAGUAAAACGGGAGCUGGAACCCAAGAGCUCCAAAACCACAACCCCACCUCCUUUAGGACCAAAUAGCAACAGCAUAAAGCAGCCCACAACAGUAACUUUUAUACCAGUGGAUAUCCACAUGCAAAACAGAUGACUGGAUGUUUUAUCUUGCCUACAAAAAACUGUUUUCCUGGAAGAAUGAAAACUAAGAUAGACCCUUUAUUCACGCAGGCUUGUGACUUGAGUGGAGGAGGAUUGGCAUUGGAAUAAUCGUUGUUCAGGAUUUUUGCCUAUGAAGCCAAAACCAAACAGGAAGGAACUAGCCAUGUUGCCUUUCUUUCCAAGGAAAAAUAAAAGGCCUGAGUACCUUUUUUAUGUGACUGAUCUAACACUGUGGUGGACACGAGCUACCAGGAAAAGAUUUAACAUCUCCAAUUGUAUAGAAAACAAUUAAGUGCCAAAAAUAUCUUUUAUAUAUUUCCUGUAGUCUUGAUUACUUUGAGAAGUUUGGGCCACUGCUUCUCCUGUAGUGCUUGGCAGUGGGCAAGCAGAAAGAUCUGCAGGUGAAGGCUAUAGUUGUGCGUUAUACUUGGAUGCAUUAAGACUUACUUGUGAAUUCGCUUGUAUGUUGUUUUGUGUAUUAAGCAUGAGGGAUAGUAAUGUGCAGUAACAGUUGCAUACACACUUGGUUUGUCUCUCCUAUUUCUAAUCAAACAUAGAGGGAUUCAGAUAAGAGGGUGCACAUGUGAUAUUUUCUGUAAAGAAAAGAAAACUCUUAUGAUCAUUCUGUCAGUAUCCACCUGAACCCCCCCCUUUUUUUUUUAGGGGUUUUAAGGUAGCAGCUGAAACUGCUUUUGGCUUGGGAACUAUUUUAUUUAUAUAUGUUUUUUACAAACUCCCAGAAUGGUGGGGGCAGGGAAAUCUUCUAUUUUUAAAUUAAUAGAGGGCAAAGAGAGGAUGGGAAUGGAAAGUGAGUGAUACUUUCUGUGUGUGUGUGUGUAUGUGUGUGUGUGUGCACGCGCACAUGCACUUUUCUGUAAUUUAACCCCCCCACACCCCCUCUGAAUUUCCUGUUGUAAUGCAGAUUACAUUUCAGCUAUUUUUUUUGGAGUAAAAAUAGUUUUUUUCAAAGCAACCGCAAGUGCCUGGGCUGUUGUGGGUGUCCAAUAAUUCAGCAAAAAUCUCCCAAGGAUAUUUUGCAGGCCCACUGGCUUAGCACACACAGCAGCUGCUUUGUCACAUACUCUAUGGUCCAUUGUGUCCAGAUAUUAAAGCAUGCCUAAAUGCUGGCAGACAGCAUAGAUGAUAAUGGUUUGGAAGAAAGCUGUAUAGCCUGUUCAUCUAAUAUCCACCUUGUGCAAAAAGCCCCUAGACACUGAUGUAUGUGGUAGAGUCCUAAAGAACAGCAACCUCCUCCCUUCCACACCCAGUUUACAUAUAAUAAUGCAUCACAUGCUUGAAUACCUAGGUGCAACAGAGAAUGAACUGAAUAAAGCAUAACCUCUACCUCUGAAUUUGCUUGCUUCUGCAAGUUUAAAUUACACUUUGGGAUUUGUAUUAAGAGACUGGUUUGUAUUAGUACAGAUCCAGGUGUAUAGUUAGCUAGCAGGCCACUUUAUCUCCUGCUGCUUCAUAGAGAAGGCUGCUGUGGUCUACUAUUCUCCUGUUUCACAGCUUAGAUAUACACAGGCUUUCUGGUGUGUUUUAAUGAUCUAUAUUUGUUAGCCUAGCAGCUCUGCGAAUGGCUGAAGGCCAGCCUCACUUGGGACAUAGUUGUCGUUUAAAUAGGAGUUUAAUUAAACUUUUCGAUUUUGAAUAAGGAUUUUUAAAAAGCCUGAAACUUGAAAGCAAUCUCAUUGCCGCUCAUUUGAGACUGACUUCACUUCUGCCAUAAGCCAGCCUGAUCCCCCUGAAUGGUUCGAGUUAAAAUACAUAACAAGAAGCAAGAACAAGGUGAUCUGCUCUAAAGGCAAAAAGCUGGCCAACGUAGGAAGUACUUGCCCACCAUCCCAGCACCUCUUGGAAGUUACUAUUUUGUUUUCUGGAAUCUGUUUCUAACUUUCAAACAAAGUCUCCAGCUGCUCUGCUUGGGAAGAAACACUGUGCUCCUGUUUUUGAGGUUACCUGAUGCAAGGAAGUGCUUGCAGAGAGCCUAGAACAGCAGCAAUGAUGCAGACUGUCCCAUCUAUCUCAGUGGCCCUGGAUGCUGCAUCCUUAGAAAGCAGAUCCUCCACACUUGCCGAAAGACUGAGUCUUACCAGGAAGAGGAAGAAAUGGAAAAGGGAGGACUUGAUCUCUGAUCUUCUUUAGAGCUCCCAGCCUGCAAAACAAAGGAAUGGAGGGAAUGCAACCUGGAGGAGAGACAGAAGGACAGAGGUGUGUAGAGAUGUGCACCAAGAAAUCAUGCAGUUUCUGAGAAAGCAAAUGCAGAUGCUACACAACAUUACUGAGCAAAACACCCAAGCCUUCCCUACUACAACCUGUUGUAUGAUAUAAACCAAUGAUUCUCAACCAGUGUCCCAUGGCAUUCUGGGGUAGGUACACUGAAAUCCUGUCAAGGGUGAUCCAGGGUGCUACACAGUGUUAGCACUGUUGGGUGUGCAAUCGUGAUUCACAUGAUGAAUCCAGAGAUUUCAAAUAGGAAUCCAGUGUUAAAUCAUUCUGACCUGUUGUGGGCCUGAUAAGCUCUUUGCAGCGGAAGAAUUGCUCUAGUAUUUUUCUGUAGUCACAAAACUAGCAAAAACUAAGGGCUGGUAUAUUGCAAGGGGCAGUUUGAGUCUAACAAGGGAUGUCUCGAAUCUAAAAAUAUUGAGAACCACUGGUGUAAAUAAAUUCUAUCAUUCUGAGCCUUGGCCCAUACACACCUGCCAUCCCUCAAGGGACCAGAAUAGCAUGCCACAUUAUCUCUUUCACUGACACCUAUUGGAAAAUGCUACUAGUAUGUGUACAUAGAGCUGUGACUCAUGCAACAUUUAACACUUCAUUUGAUGUGGUCUUAAAUGUUUUUAGAAGUAUUUGUUUGCUUAGCAAUAAUAAACAGCACUUUAUUUUGUGAAAA